UAACAAAUCAACAGCAUAAAAUGUCAAGUGCAGUCAAUUUUAUUUAUUUUCUCAUUUUAAACACAUUAAUAGUCAUAAAUGCUGAGGAUUAUGAGAUAGACGAGAACGGAUAUGUGGCUUAUUGUCCUUGUAUGGGUCGUUUUGGUAACCAAGCCGAUCACUUUUUGGGAGCAUUGUCCUUUAGUCAUGCCUUAAAUCGAACCCUCAUCCUCCCGCCAUGGGUCGAGUACAGAAAAGGUGAAUCUAAAUCCAUCCAAAUUCCAUUCACAAAAUAUUUCCGAGUCGAUUCGCUUGAAGAAUUCACAAAAGUGAUUCCAAUGGAGGACUUUAUGGAGCACUUGAGUGACAAAGUUUGGCCUGCUGGACGUAGAGUUUCGUUUUGUUACAGCGAACGGAAGAAGCUGGAUGGAACGUCAAGUGGAAGUUGUAAUGCAAAAGAUGGAAAUCCAUUUUUCUCAUUUUGGGAUGGAUUUGGCAUUGAUUUUGAUAAGUCUGAAUUUUUUGGUCCACUGCUGACUUAUGAUGUGAUUCAUAGAGGAAUGGAUGCAAUUUGGAAUGAGAAAUAUAGUUCAAAAAAGUGGCCAGUCUUGGCAUUUACUGGAGCACCAGCAGCUUUUCCUGUUCAAGCUGAAAAUGUCCAUCUGCAUAAAUACUUAAAAUGGUCAAACGAGAUUGAAGAAAAAGUUAAAAAAUUCAUCAUUAAUUUGCUGCCAAAAGGCGCAUUUAUUGGAAUUCAUCUUCGGAAUGGAAUCGAUUGGAUUCGUGCAUGUGAUCAUAUUAAGGAUGUUAAGCAACUUUUUGCAUCAGCUCAAUGUCUUGGCUACAGCAACGAAAAAGGCUCACUGUCUAUGGACAUCUGCCUGCCAUCUCAGGAACAAGUCAUCAGAAAAAUUAAAAGAAUUGUCAAAAAAUUCAAAGAAACUCACAAAAAUAAUGAAAUAAAGUCAAUUUUUGUGGCAUCUGACAACAAUCACAUGAUUGAGUACCUUAACGAGCAUCUCAGAAGGAUGAAAAUUAAAGCUUUUAGGCUGCCUGAAAACAAUCCACAUGUGGAUCUUGCGAUUUUAGGACGUGCAAACUUUUUCAUUGGAAAUUGUGUGUCGUCAUUUUCAGCUUUUGUUAAGCGGGAGCGGGACUCGAGGGGAUUUCUGUCAGAGUUUUUUGGAUAUCCUAAUGAGAAAGCACAGAAGAAUGGGGCAAAGCACGAGGAGUUGUAGAUUUGAAGGAAUUUGAGCUGGAGCUGGUAGAUGAUGGUGUGGAGUUGGGAGUUAUUUGACUCAUAUGGAGCAUAGGGCUACCUUAAAGUAUAGUCAAGAGUUAGAUAAUAGUAGCCUUAGGCAGUAGUGGAUAACCUUUUUUGUGCCACGGCACAUUUUGAUGGUGAUUUAACAGUACACGGAAUACGGUUCGUGAGAUUUCCUGAAAUUUUUUGCGGCAUGCAAGUGUACCGCGGCACAUGGGUUGGCCAUUGCUGUCCUAAGGUUAUCCCAGAGCAUAGCUUAGGAUUCUCUAUUGUGUAGCCUAGAGGAACCUACAAAUAUGUCUUAGGUUUAUCCUAGAACUAAGCUAGAGUAAAGCUUAGGUUUAGCCCAGAGUAUGACCUUGGAUUACUACAGAGUAGCCAAGUAGUGUGGCUUUAAGUUACUCCAGAUUGUAAAAUAGAUUCAGCUUAAGCUCUGACACUAGAUAAUUCCUAGACUAUAUCUUGGAGUAAUCCUAUCAACAAGCUCCUAAAGCUUCCAAACCCAGGCAUACAGACUGUCAAUUUGACACCACAUU